AUGAAGCUCCAAGGUGUUCUUUUGGAAGACCCUUGCGAAGAGCAGUUCAGAAGGUUCAUUCGUACAAGGAGAUUCCCCAAAUGGAGCCCACGCGUUUUAAACAAAGUUGGCACCCAUGAUUCUCUAGGGUUCCUUCCGACAGGUAUUAGCCGUUAG